AAAAUGAAAAAAAAAAAAAGAGUGCUGCUUUUAUUCAUUGCUUCUUUACCGAGGAGUCAGGCAGGGUCAUCUUCCAGACAGUCCGAGUAUGCGUUUUACAACCUCAGCGUGCCAUCGCAUGCUAUAAACUCGGUCAUUAGCUGGCGUUUACUGCACACUUUUUUUUUUUUAAGUUCAAGGCAGUCUCGGGCUCUCGGCACCCACAGCUGGAAACUGGCUAGCGUGUCUGGCCGGUGUGCCUCUUCUUCCCCGUCUCUCCUGUCACAUCUCGGCCGCAGUGAGGACUUGGCUGCACCCCAGGCGGGAAUGAAGUGUCUUCCUGCUUGAAUACCAGGCAUCGAACUGGAAUCCGGAUGACAGGAGUCUGGGACUCGGCCACCACCCGAGGGAGGCAAUCCAUCGCCCUAGGCACUGAGGCUUGCUGACCUCACGCAGUCUUUCUGAGGUGGCAGGUGGACGCUUUCAAGUUCGUCUCACCCGCCAAGGAGCCCGGCCGUCCAGUCUCGGCCUCGAUGAAUCAGUUCUGACGGAGGGGGCAGGUCCGGUGACCUAUCCUGGCAUCUGUUUACCUUCCCAACUAUGAGUCUGCGCUUCCUGCUGCUGCAAGAGCUGCGGCUGCGGCAGCGGCGGCUGCGGCUGCGGCUGCUUUCAUCAUUUCCGACCUCCCUGCAAGGUGACAUUCUGCUCUGCUAGACUCGGGGAGCUCCUUCCCCGCCCUCCUCCCUGGGGCAUAAAUGCUCGCGGACGCGCAGGGCGCCUCACCGCAGCGCCCCGAAAAGCCGCCCGAGCCUCCAGCCACUCCGCUCAAGCCGCCCCCUUUAUCGCUUUAAGAGAGUCCGCGCUUGAAGGAGGACCCGGGGCCGGCUCCCCUUACCCGAGGUGUCGCGAGAAGAAGCGCCGCGGCGGCUACUUCUCGCGAUGUUUGGCGGCGCGAAAGGCGGCCAUUUUGGGGUCCCCCCCGCUGGUGGCUCCGGCGGCGGCGGCGGCGUCUCCUCCUCCCCGGCUGCGGCUGGGACCAAAGCUGGCCCCGCAGGAGGCCGGCCGGCCGACACGAUGUGGCGGCUCCGCUGCAAGGCCAAGGGUGGCACCCACGUUCUGCAGGGGCUGUCCUGUCGGACCCGCUUGCGGGAACUCCAGGGCCAGAUCGCCGCCAUCACCGGCAUCGCUCCGGGCAGUCAGCGCAUCCUCGUCGGCUACCCGCCCGAGUGCCUGGACCUCAGCGACCGGGACACAAUGCUUGGGGACCUGCCCAUCCAUUCAGGUGACCUGCUGAUUGUUGAAGAAGACCACACCAGACCAAAAGCAUCACCUGCAUUUUCCAAACAUGGUGCUUCUAGCUAUGUCAGGGAACCUCUGCCUGUGCUUACCAGGACCGCAGUCCCGGCAGACAACUCUUGCCUCUUUACCAGUGUGUACUAUGUCGUUGAAGGAGGAGUCUUGAAUCCAGCUUGUGCCCCUGACAUGAGAUGCCUCAUAGCACAGAUUGUAGCAAGCGAUCCAGACUUCUAUAGUGAGGCCAUACUGGGGAAAACAAACGAGGAGUAUUGUGAAUGGAUCAAAAGGGAUGACACUUGGGGGGGAGCCAUUGAGAUAUCCAUUCUGUCUAAGUUUUAUCAAUGUGAAAUAUGUGUAGUGGAUACACAGACCGUCAGAAUUGAUCGUUUUGGGGAAGACGCGGGGUAUACCAAAAGGGUGCUGCUCCUCUACGAUGGUAUCCACUAUGAUCCGCUUCAGCGUAACUUCCCCGAUCCAGAUACACCUCCUCUGACCAUUUUCUCCUCAAAUGACGAUAUUGUUCUUGUACAAGCCCUGGAGUUAGCUGAUGAAGCUAGAAAAAAGAGACAGUUUACUGAUGUAAACCGAUUCACCCUGAGAUGCAUGGUGUGUCAGAAGGGGUUAACUGGACAAGCAGAAGCAAGGGACCAUGCCAAGGAGACAGGCCAUACCAACUUUGGAGAGGUGUGAUGUGUUCAUGGUAAGAGUUGGAGCCUACUACCUCACAGAUCCAGAAGGCUCUGGGUUUUCCAAUAAGCUAUUCAUAACCCUACAGAAUAGAAGAACACAGUGCUUGGACCAUCCUUUUAACUUAACCAGUAUGACUGACACUGAAAAUCCUUGUUAAGAUUAAAAUUAGUGUGCAAGUUUACAGAUGUGUGGCUACACUAGUGGCAUGCCCUCUUCCUACUAGGGUGACGGAAUAGGUGGCUUGGGCCACUGCUGAUGCUGACCUGAAGACUGGAUUCUAUUGUAAACAAGCACCCAGCGGCUUUAACUUAUAGAAGAAAGCACCCUAUUUUAGGUAAUGUGGAAAGCCUUGCGGAGGGUCACUGGACAUACACCACAGUGUCUCCAGUAGUUGAUUCCUUUUAAUAACUCUGAAUGAGUUAGUAGUUUCUAAAUUCUGAAUUGAUUCAUCCAAUGAAGAUACUCAGAAUUGUCAAAAUUUUUUAUAUUGUAAUUUGGUAGACUUUAUAAGUGUAUCUAACAACUUAUAAGUGCAUAAGAAGCAAUUUUACAGGGAUGCGUGUGUUCCUGGAGAAUGUUAUCUAAAACAGGAAUGGGGUCCUGUUGGAGAUUUCUAGUGUAUAGAAGUGGAAUGUAUAAGGGGGAAAGGUGCCUGACGCAGCUUCCUGAAGCUUUAAAAGACCGUUGGCCUCUUGUUUUAAUGCAAUUCACUGUUGGUGUUUGUCACAUUAGAUACAUUUUUUAAAUGAAGCAGGGUAUGCCUUUUUAAUUGCUAAUUUAUUUUAGAAUUCAAGAAGUAUCUUGAAAUUGUGGUUUUUGUUUUGUUUUUUUUUUCUUGUGCUGUUUUGCAUAUAAGUUUGUCUGAGGGGAUUUAAUUCCCUCAGCUGUUCGCUGAAAGCACUUCUUACAAACAAGUCUUCCUCUAAAGUGUCAAUGGUGUGCUUUUGAUUGAUCUCAUAGAUAACAGUGUUCAAAGCUCCACUUUGAUCUUUCAGAUAGUCCACAUUUCUGCAAGUUAGUACUCUGUUUACCUGUGAUCUUUGACUUUCAGUUUUUAAAUAAUUGGUUGGGUUUGUUUCACUUCCAAAAUAUAAAAAGUUCAAAAUCUUUGCCUUAUGCAGCUCUCUCAGAAUACUGCUACCUAGUGACAGAUAUGUAGCCAUUUGCUUGAUGGAUUGAUCCUCAAGGCACACCCACUCAAACUUAGCUUCACUAUAGAAUCUUCCAGGUAAAGUCUUCUACCUCUUAAUUCUUCUAAAGAUCAGGGAUCUUUAAGUUCCAAUGUGGUGUGUAUUCUGUCAUACAAUGUAAAGAGGCAUACUGUUGUGAAGUUUUGUUAUCUUGAUCUCAUUUAAGUAGCUCAGACAACCAUCGGUGUACUUUAAAGCACUUCCAUCUUUUCCCAUGUAUCUUAGCAAAUGUUUUCAAACUAAGGUUAACCCUUAGCCUUUUACUAGGCAAUGGUAACCAUAUAAAAUGAAGGAAUAUUAAAGUGAACAGUUUAGAGAAACUUGGUUCCUUUAAGGAACAGUUGGACAAUUCACAAAGUAUGCUUCAGUCAUCAGAUGACAUUCUUUCUUGCUUUGAAACAGCGUCUCCCUAUGUGUUUCUGGCUGGCCUGGAAUUUGCUAUAUAGACCAGGCUCCUCAAACUUGAAGUAAUUCUUCUGCCUCAGCCUCCUGGGUGUUGAGAUAACAAGCAGGGACCACCAUACCUGGCCAGAUGGCUUUUCUUGAAUACCCUUUGUGCACAUAGCCAGUCAGGCAAUGUCCUACAAAUUGAAAAUACUUAAUUUUUGUUUUUUUACUGAGCCUUAAAAAUAGCAUGAGUGAGCUUAGGACACUGAACAUUUGGCAUUUGUCACAUGUGCAAAUAUUUCACAAAUGUCUCUUUGGUCCAGAUGAUUUUUUAUUUCUUUUAUUUCCUCUAUAAAAUAUUUAAUUUAAAACUGUACAUUAAAAAUGUAACACUGGGUAACAUCCAUCAAAUUGAGUUUUAUGCAUCAUAUUUAUAAAGUUUGCCUUCCUGUACCACUUGAGCAUCCAUAUUCAAUGUUUCUAAAAUUUUGGAUCCAGAAAAUUUGUUCAUGCAACAAGUAUUUAUUGAAUAACUUAUAAUAUGUCAGACAUGUUUUAUUUUUUUGAAGAUAAAUUCCUGUCAUUUUAAAACUAAGUCUAUGUUAUCUACAGAGAAGGAUUAGUUUAGUAAAUGUAAAGAAAAGAAUGAGUACUGGUAUCUUAAAAAUCAAACUCUUCGUUCUAAGUGUUUUUUCUACAUUUUGUUUAGUAUUUAUUUAGGGGAUUACUUCUUGUCGUAUUUUAUCUUUUACCUGAUUUGUCCAGUUGCCAGGUAGACGCUGGUAGUCACAGGCUUUCAAAAAGGCUUUUUAAUGAUUUGCUGACAUGCAGACUGGUCUUAGAGUAGUGUUCUGGUUGUAGAACAUUCAAGGUGAAGCAUUAUAUGCAAAUUAUUUCAGUAUUAAUUUAUGUUCAGUAUAAAUACAAGCUAGUAAGCCUCAUAGAAUUUAAAGGGUUUAUUGUUGUUUUAUAUUUUUUCCUGUGCUUAUUAAGCUCUUGAAAUUAUUUAUUAAUGUGAGUAAACUCAUUUUGAGAAUUUGGAAAGAUCUGUGAAUUUAGUUGUACCCUAACUAAAAUCAACUUUGUGCUCAUGAACCCCUUCCUGGUUGUUCAGUUGUUGCCUGUCCUCCAGGAGUUUCUGUUUUAGUUCAAAGAGACCGUUUAUAUUAGUGUGAGAGAGCAGUAGUGGUGGAGGAACAAUCACACCUUUGCCCUGCUACUCCAUCCUCCCCUCCCUCUUCUUUCCAUUAAAGACUCAGUGUGCUUUUAUGAAGAUGCCCUCCCUAGUCAUGGUAUUAGUCCACAUGAAUGUCCCUGGGAGUUUUGUGAUGUGACAGCCAUAUGAAGACAUCCGGAUGUUACCACAUCUUUUGCUAGUGAUUCAUGGUUGGUUUCUUAAUUGCCCUCUAUGAAUGAGAAAAUGACAUAAACAAAUGGUUACUGGCCAACUUAGCCUUGUUGUUAGGAACUAAUACCAUUAUGCCAUUUGAAUAUCCUGUCGAGUUCAAGUCCCAGAAAACAAUCCAAAGAACAUUCCUUCCCUACCUAUAUAGCCCCUAACUGUUCAUGCCUAACUUGCUUGUCUUCUAGCUUCUUCCUUCAAGCUGCCCUAGUUGAAUUUUCCGUCCUUUAAGAAAAUGUACGGUAGGCUGUAUGUGAAAUUAAGCAACAGUGAUCCAUAUACACACAUUAUAUAACACGCGUUAUAUAUUAAAAAUCAGGUGGCCUUCUUAAAUUUACAUAUACUAAGAAUUACGUUUUUUCAUGUGUUGAAACCUUAUUUUUGCAGCACUUUAAAAAUUAGAGAAUAAAAGUUUACGUAGCCUUCUAGAGAUCUUGAGGACAGGAAAGAUACAACCUUGAGCUGCUAGCCAGCAGUUAUUACCAUAAGUAAUUAUUGUAUCUUAUGAGAAAGUCUAAUUUCAGUCACUGUUAGGAGAAUGGUCUGUGCCCUAACAUGAAAUGUCACUUCUGUAAUGUGAUUGUUAUCACUUGUUUUACAGUAUUCAAAUUUUGUUUACACCAUAGAGUUUUAAUUUAAAAGAGUAGAUUCAUGAAACCUUUCAUUUUUAAGUAAGCAUUUUUUAGGGAAAUUGAUUUUUGAGUAAGAUAUGCAAGCAAUAUUUGUAAACCUGAAGGAACACUUGAUUUGAAUAAGCUAGUUUGUUUCUCAUAGUGAUAGGCACCAAAUCAGGGCUUUGCGCUUGCUCACUGAUCAGCAUCACCAGCCCCAUGUUUUUUCUUAAUAACCAUUGUAAUAUGUCAGCACAUCCAACUCAAUGAAUGUAAGAUGGUCUUGAUUGUGGUAAAGUUUUUCUCUUCAAAAAUUAGUUAGCAUUUUGUUUACAGUGCUUUAAAUAUUUUAUUUGGAAAACAAAGUAUUAUGUUGGUACUGAAUUAUGGGGUGUUUACAUCUUAAUUUAAUAGAAAAAAAGUACUACUAAAAAGGAAAUGUAUAUGGCCAUGAAUGUAAGCAUUUUGCAUGGCACACUUUUUUACUUUUGUUUUUGAACACAUUGACCUGUACGUAGGAAUUUUAAGUAUGGUGAAGGUAUGAUUUGGUUAAGUUAUAAGUAAAGAGGUUAAGAAUUUCUACCGAGAUGUUGUGACUUGGCACCAGAACUGGUAUAGAAUGUUUAGUUGAGUAUAAUCCCUAAGUUGCUUAAAGGAUAAGGGUUUCCAGUUCACAUUUUGUGCCAUUCAGGACUCAAGGUGUCACAGGAAAUAUAUACCAAAUUAAUUUUUCCAUAAGAAUGCCUAAUAAGUACAUAUAGCUUGUCAAAAUGAUAUGAAAUGAAAAAUAGUCUAUAGUGGCUGUAUUAACACAGUAGAGGCAGAGCUCCUUAAAUAAGAAAACAGCCAUAAAGCCUGAAAUACAGAGCUCUAGAACAUAAUUGCAAAGGGGCCAAACAGAAAAAGAGUUGUUUUCUUGCAUAAGAAAAUGUGUUCUUAGUGAAGAUGAACAGUAUUGCUUUCAAAAUGUUCCCUUGUCUACUUGCCAGCAAGUUUUCAAAGUUCAUGCACUGCUGCUAUCUGGAAGAUGUCUAACUUUAUUUAAUACAACUCAUGAUUUUGCCUUUGUUAUUAAGAUGCAUUAAUUUUAUUUAUGACAUGUGAUUUUUCAAUAUCUUAAAUGUAUGAAGUGACUUGUUUUAAAGGAAUAAAUGAAGUGAAAAUA